GGGGAAACCGUCCCUCCCGCGCAUGCGCUCUGAGCCCUGGCCCGGCGGCGGGGUAGGCAGCUCUGCGCCGGCAGCUGCUCCGAGCGCCGGCCCAGCGCCGGCCCAGCGCCCCGGACGUGCCACUGGAGGGGGCCGCUCGGUCUGACAUGAGGCCGUGAGCCUGCGCCGCUGCUGGCUGAGAGACACGAGGUAGAAGUGGCUAGUUCCAUUAUGUGUGCGUCAGCCAAAUAUAACACCCGGGGUCCAGCCCUCAUCCCAAGAAUGAAGACCAAGCACCGCAUCUACUACAUCACACUUUUUUCCAUUGUCCUGCUUGGCCUUAUAGCCACAGGUAUGUUCCAGUUCUGGCCACACUCCAUUGAGUCAUCCAGUGAUUGGACAGUGGAGAAGCGCAGUGUCCAUGAUGUGCCUGUAGUCAAGCUUCCUGCUGAGAGCCCCAUCCCAGAACGGGGAGACCUCAGCUGUAGGAUGCACACCUGCUUUGAUGUCUAUCGCUGUGGCUUCAACCCCAAAAACAAGAUCAAGGUCUAUAUCUAUUCACUGAAGAAAUAUGUGGAUGAGUAUGGGAUGCUGGUUAGCAACACUAUCUCUCGGGAGUACAACGAGCUGCUGACUGCUAUCUCUGACAGUGACUUCUACACAGAUGAUGUCAACCGGGCCUGCCUCUUUGUGCCGUCCAUAGAUGUGCUGAACCAGAACACGCUCCGCAUCAAGGAAACUGCUCAAGCCUUGGCACAGUUAUCCAGGUGGGAUCGAGGCACAAACCAUCUGUUGUUCAACAUGCUACCUGGGGGGCCACCUGACUACAACACAGCACUGGAUGUUCCCAGAGAUAGAGCCCUGUUGGCUGGAGGAGGAUUCUCCACAUGGACCUAUCGACAAGGCUACGAUGUCAGUAUUCCUGUUUACAGCCCUCUGUCUGCAGAGGUGGAGCUGCCAGAAAGGCGACCAGGUCCUCGUAGGUACUUCAUCCUGUCAUCCCAAAUGGCUCUUCACCCAGAAUACCGUUCUGACUUGGAGGCUCUUCAGGCUGAGAACGGAGAGUCUGUGCUGAUCCUGGACAAGUGCACAAAUCUGUCAGAGGGAGUUCCUUCUGUUCGUAAACGUUGUCACAAGAACCAGGUCUUUGAUUACCCUCAGGUGCUUCAGGAAGCCACAUUCUGCAUUGUUCUGCGUGGUGCUCGCUUGGGACAAGCUGUGCUAAGUGAUGUACUUCAGGCUGGCUGUGUCCCUGUUGUUAUUGCUGACUCCUAUAUUUUGCCUUUCUCUGAAGUUCUGGACUGGAAGAGAGCCUCUGUUGUGAUACCUGAAGAAAAGAUGCCUGAAAUGUACAGCAUUCUGCAAAGCAUUCCCCAGCGGCAGAUUGAGGAGAUGCAAAGACAGGCAAGGUGGUUCUGGGAAGCGUAUUUUCGGUCAAUGAAAGCUAUUGCUCUGGCCACCCUUCAGAUUAUCAAUGACAGGAUAUACCCAUAUGCUGCCAUGUCUUAUGAAGAAUGGAAUGAUCCCCCAGCUGUUAAAUGGAGCAGUGUGAGCAACCCACUCUUCCUUCCAUUAAUCCCACCACAGUCUCAAGGUUUCACUGCUAUAGUCCUGACAUAUGACAGGGUGGAAAGCCUCUUCCGAGUCAUCACUGAGGUGUCCAAGGUGCCCAGUCUAUCCAAGCUGUUAGUCGUCUGGAACAAUCAGAAUAAGAAUCCACCAGAAGACUCUCUAUGGCCAAAGAUUCGGGUUCCACUGAAGGUUGUGAAGACCACAGAAAACAAGCUUAGUAACCGCUUCUUCCCCUAUGAUGAGAUUGAAACGGAGGCAGUCUUGGCCAUUGAUGAUGAUAUCAUCAUGUUGACGUCAGAUGAACUGCAGUUUGGUUAUGAGGUUUGGCGGGAGUUUCCUGACAGGCUGGUUGGGUAUCCAGGUCGCCUGCAUCUGUGGGACCAUGAGAUGAACAAAUGGAAGUAUGAAUCAGAGUGGACCAAUGAAGUCUCCAUGGUGCUUACUGGAGCAGCUUUUUAUCACAAGUAUUUUAACUACCUUUACACCUACAAAAUGCCUGGAGACAUCAAGAACUGGGUGGACGCCCACAUGAAUUGUGAAGAUAUCGCCAUGAAUUUUCUAGUGGCAAAUGUUACUGGCAAAGCAGUUAUUAAGGUGACCCCACGAAAGAAGUUUAAAUGUCCAGAGUGCACAGCCAUAGAUGGAUUGUCAUUGGACCAGACACACAUGGUGGAAAGGUCUGAAUGCAUCAAUAAGUUUGCCUCUGUCUUUGGGACCAUGCCCCUGAAAGUGGUGGAGCAUCGUGCUGAUCCUGUCCUGUACAAAGAUGACUUCCCUGAGAAAUUGAAGAGCUUCCCCAACAUCGGCAGCUUGUAAAAGGCAGCUUGGCAGCAAACUUGAAUAUAAAAAACAGUGAGAGAAAAAAGAUGACCAGUGCUAAGAUGAGCCUGAGGCCUUGAAGGAAAAUGCCAGCGUGUGGGUUAUAACUGAGGGGAAGGGGAUUAAUGCCAGGUUCUGAUAUAUUAGUCCGUCCUUCACAAUACACAGAACAGUAAUGCAGAGCACAGAAGCUAUUUCUGUAUUACAGACACAUACAGGACAGACUCUAUGCUUGAGUCUACUGAAAAUGCCAAAUGCUUUUUUCCAGUGGAGGUUGCUUAUACGGAAGAAUAGAGCAGAAUCUUGCUGUGUAAGGGUGCCUUACAUGACUCACCUGUUCUGUUAAAUAUACUCUUUUAGUUUGAUGCAAUCACCAGUAUAAAUGCAAACUGCUUUCAAUACUGGCUACAAUAUGUAUCCAGCCUGUUUUUCCCCCUGUGAGGAUGGCAUGCCUACCUCCAUUGAGGUUAGUUGUUGGCUUUAAGUAAUUGAGCAACAAAGAUCCCUGCCUGGCUUUUUUGCUUAGCAAGAUAAAUGUUUUUCUUAAAAAAAAUAAAAAAUAUAAUACAAUA